AUGUCAAAAGAAGGGUCAAACGGUGAUCUUCCAACCAUUGACCUGAAAGUAGCCACCAACGGAUCCAGACCUGAGCAUGAACACACCUUUUCGGAAGUAUCCCGACCAAUCGUGGUUUCUCCAGCCGUUGGCCAGAACUUGGGCAGCCCGACCGCCCUCGCAAUCGGCGCCUUUGCAACAACGCUGACGACUCUGUCCUGCUCACUCAUGGAAUGGCGCGGCGUCACAACGACAAACGUCUUCAUCGGGAACUUCUUCUUCAUCGCCGGCAUCGGCAUGGUCAUCUCCGCGCAAUGGGAAAUCGUGAGGGGGAACUCGUACGGAUAUACUGUUCUGAGCGCUUUCGGUCUCUUCUACGCGGGCUUCGGCGCCAUCAUCACACCCUCGUUCGGCGUCACUGAAUCCUACGGAACCGACACGGUCGAGUACAACAACGCGCUCGGAUUCUUUAUGCUACUGUGGACCGUGUUCAACACGUUUUUCCUGAUAGGCGCAUUGCCAAUAAACCUCGUCUACAUCGCCAUCUUCGCUACGGUUGAGCUUGCCUUCGGUCUUGUCGCCGCCAGCUACUUUGCCGCAGCGGAUGGGUAUGCGGACGCGUCGGUGGCGCUGAAGAAAGCCGGUGGUGUAUUUGCGUUUCUGUCCGGCCUGUGCGGCUACUACACACUGGGCCACUUGAUGUGCCAGGAGGCCUUGUUCUUCUCGUUUCCAAUGGGCUCGACGGAGCGCUUCUUCAAGAAGAAGUUGAAUGAGGAGAGACCCGAGCCUCAGCAUGCACCUGUACGUGCUUAG